CGCACAAUAUCAUAUUACAAUCUUGAAGCCUGUAAUUUUUAAGGAAAUGGCGAUAUGUUUCACUUCUUUUUUGAUAAAAUAUUUUAAUUUUGUUGUUAUUAUAUUCAUCUUAAGUAAAAACGUUUGUUUUUCAGCAUAUUGUGGCAAUCGCCUUUAUCUUACUUACAUAUCCUCACACGUAAAUAACGGUUGUAUUUCAGUUAAUCAAACUUAUAGUGAAUGUAACGAUAUUAAUGAUGCAAUUAUUACAUCGUCUUUCAAUAAUUCGUGUUUCUUUGUAGACUUGAUUGGCAACGUUAAUUUGAAUGUUAAUUUAACGCUAAUAAAUAUUCAUGGAUUCACAUUGCAUGGAAAAUCUAAAAAUUUGACUGUAAUAACAUGCAACAACUAUGAGAAUGUUUCAUCAAAAGGAAUUCUUGUUGCAGAGUCUUCAGAUAUUUUUUUUACAUCAUUUUCCUUACGUUUAUGCGGAUUGCACAGAAAUCUAAGCACUUACCGAAUCGAUAAAGAACUCCCUAUUUUUUCCAGUGCAAUUUAUUAUGAAGGUGUAGAGGACAUUUUUAUUGAGAAUGUUGGAGUUUUUGAAAGUAGUGGGUAUGGCAUAACAAUAUUUAAUCCCAAAAAAAGUUGUGUUUUUAACAGCGUAGUUGUUUCAAGGUCGAUAACUAAAUUAAUUGGAACUUUUUUGUCUUUUGGAGGUGUUUAUUUAGAUAUUUCAAACAAUGAUUUCAUAUCUAUUCUGUUUAAUAAAACAAGCCUUCAGUUAAAUUCCAUGGAAGAUAGUAGAAAUUGUAAAAACCUAAAGUUCAUAAAAUGCACUUCUAAAAAAAGUCUUUUAUAUACCUUUAAUGGUGCAACUUCUAUAAAUAAACCUAUCUAUGGUGAAAACAAUUUUUACAAUGAUGGUCAACAUUUGAGUACUCCAGUUAAUAAAGGUGGUGGGAUAUCAAUAUUCUUUAGAAAUAAUGCAUCAAAUAAAAUAAUAAACUUUACUGAUUUUUCAAUUGACAAUAAUAAAGCUUGUUUUGGAGGUGCAUUGUACCUAUAUCUGAGCAAAAAUACUUCUAAUAAUCUUAUUAAUUUUAAUAAAGGUUUUAUUUCGUCUAAUAAUGCUAUUGAAUUAGGUGGUGGAGUCUGUGUUAUUAACCAAGCAUUAUCCCAAUCAAAUUACAUUUCAUUUGUAAAUGUGACCAUUAAUAGUAACUCUGCUUGUAUUGGUGGUGGGAUUGGCAUAGAGCAACUUUCUGAAGCAAAAAUAAGCUUUUUUUCUACAAGUUUUGACUCAAAUAAUGCUGACAUUGGAUCUUCUUUACAAGUACAUAAUGCUAAUAUUUCAUUUACAGAUGUAUAUAUUACAAAUAGUAGCAGAUCAUCAGAAUUUGGUGAUGGGCAAGGGGCAAUACAUGCUACAAAUUCCAACCUUUUUUUUUAUGGGAGUAAUUUGAUAUCUCAAAAUAACAACACUGCUUUUGUAUUAGAUUCUUCAAUACUUCUUAAUCAAGGGUUGCUUAAGUUUAAAAAUAAUUCUGGAUACCAAGGUGGAGCUCUAGGAUUGUAUGGAGAAUCUUAUAUAUUUUUUGAUAUCAAUGCAAUUUUUUUAUUUGAAAACAAUACUGCUUCAAAAAAGGGUGGAGCUAUUUUUGUCCAUGUACCAGGGCCUUCUGAACUACCAUCUUUAAUACCAUCUAAUUGGGUUUGCUUUUUUGAUGUUGUAGAAAAUUUCACUGGAGAAGUUAAAUUUUUAGGAAACAAAGCUGGUACAGGUAUUGGAAAUGAUAUAUUUACAUCAACAUUAGAAACAUGUACCAAUACAAAUAUAGAAGUUAAUUAUACUGAAAGUUUGAUCGAUGUUAUAACUACAUGGCCACAUUUUUAUUUUGAGAAAUCUUUGCAUGCUAUUUCUACAAAUGCAGUAAACAUAAGCAUUGAACGUGGCAAAUGGAAUAUUCAGCCUGGCUCACUUUUCAAACCAGAAAUAUUUUUAAAAGAUGAGCGAGAACAGUUAGUUGACGAAGAAGUAAAUUUAUUUUUUCAAGAUACUAGAUUCAGUGUUGACCUUCAUCAAAUAAUUCAAAAUAGUGCAGCUUCAUUUAGAAUAUAUGGCCCUCCUAAUGAAAACACUAAAUUAUUUAUUCAAUCUGCUGCUUCUCUGUUGUCAUUUGAUUUUCAAUUAAAUAAUUGUGGUUUUGGUUAUCAUUUUGAUAACAAUAGCUGUGUUUGUAAUAAUAAUACUGAAAUUCAAUGUUUUGACGAUGCUGUAUAUAUACCAAUUAAAAAGUGGGUAUAUAAAGAAAACAUGUUUCCUUGUCCUAAAGGUUAUUGCAAAGAUUGCUCAAAGAAAGAUAGUUAUGUUGGAAAUCUGUGCAAGCUAAAUGCAACUAAUCAAUGUGCUUUAAAUAGAAAUCAGAGUUCUAUUUUGUGUAGUAAAUGCAAUACAGGAUAUUCAGUUGUUUUUGGAAGUUCUGAUUGUAAAAAUUGCUCUGGAGAAUCAUAUAAAGCUAUUGAAAUUCCUUUCACCGUUUUUUCAGUGGUUGCUGGGUGUAAUUUUGUUUUGCUGUUACUCAAUAAGAAAACAUUUUCAUGGUAUCUAAUUCCAACAAUCUAUUCCUAUCAAAUUUUGGAUCAACUAAUUUCUAUCAAAACCUGUCCAGUAUUACUGUUUUUUAUAGAACUAUUCAAUUCAGUAGGCAUGUACAGAAAGUUCAGCUUAGAACUUUGUUUUUAUAACAACAUGAAUGAUUUGGAAAAAAAAGGUUUAAUGUUUAUUGUUGCAUUAUGGUGGAUAGUUUCAUUAUUUAUUGUUUACAAGAUAUUCUCUUUUUUUUUCCAAUUAUUUACUAAAGAAAAAUUUACUAAAGAGGCUUUUCACCGUUCAUUAAUUGUGGUUUUAUUUAUUGUUUAUUCUAUAACAGCAAAGCUAAGUUGUGAUGUUCUUGUAUCAAUUACAAUAAAUAAUGAAAAAAAAAUUUUUAUAUUUGCUGAAGAACAGUACUUAAAAGAGACUCUACAUAUAAUAUUGUAUGCAAUUGCUGUAUUUGUGAUAAUUGCUUUUUUGAUUAGCUUUCCGUUAAUAAUUUUGUGUUCAAGUUUAUAUUGGAAUUUAUUCAACGAUUUAGAAAUUUCUUCAAUAAGAUGGGAAUUUCUUCAAAAAUUUGGGAUUCGCUUCAAAAAAAUAAUGAAGUUUUUUAAGUUUUUGAAAUGGUAUCAAUAUGGACUCAAAACAACCAAUGACACUGAUUCUUAUUUUCCUAUAUAUUAUAUUCGUAUAAUCAUAUUUCCUAUGUUCUAUUUUUUAGCUAGAAUUUUAUUGCUAGUAGCUGAUCAAUUUAGUUCUUCAGAAAUACAACCAACAUGUUUGAGUGCUUCUUCCUUAUGUGUACUUGUUUUUUUCUUGCUCCUAAAACCCCUUCUAAAUAAACAUCACAAUGUCUUUCAUGCUAUUCAACUGACAAAUCUAUUUCUUGUUGCCUUAUGGAAUGACACAUAUCGGUGGAUGUACUUAGAGAGUAAAGAUGAGAAAAAAUUUGCGAUUUUUAUUAACCUGCUUAUAUUUGUUCCAACUGGGAUGGCUUUUUUUGUAGUAAUCAUAAAUAUACUGAAGUGUACUCGUUUUUUAGAAAAGUUACCCUGCUUAAUGCACUUAGUUAAAGAAGAAAUUCCUAUACCUGAUCGAGUUGAAAAUAAAUGUAACGAUUCUGAUCUUAGGGAGCCAUUAAUAGAGGAAAACACUGAGGAUUGAAAUGUCAAAUCUGUAAUACAUGUUCGCAAAAUGAAGAGUAGAUUGUUGUAUUAUCUACCGUUGUAUAAUUAUUGCGGAAAUAGAUUAAUUUCUAUCUUCGCAGCCAUUGUUUUACCACAAAAAUUGUGUUGUACAACCGACGUUAAUUUGUGCAACUAUGCUAGACAACGUUUCCAUUAUAAAACAAAGUUGUUACAGAACUGUUGUACAUCAUUUCUACAACUAUUGGAAACCAAGCUUAAAAGAACAUUAAAACAUUUUGAAUUGUAUAAUAUUAUUGUUUAUUUAUUUAAAAAAAGUAACUAUAUACUAUAACAUAAACUAUAUACAUAUAAUAUAAUAUAAAUGUUAGAUAUCAAUGGAAUGGUUCAAUCUU